CGUUGGGAGGGAAAAAAACUUUUUUCCGGGAAAGUUUUUAGUUUGGCAGAGACCUUGGAUCAGAGAAAGUGAGGGAAGCAGCGAUGGCAGGAACAGAGAAAUUUGUGGAAGCUGAUAAUGCAGAGGCUAUAAUAACAAGAAUCGAGCACAAAUCUAGGAAGAUCGAGAGCUUACUUAAACAGAAUAAGCCCGUUGAAGCUCUUAAAACAGCGCUGGAGGGCUCUCCUCCUAUGACUCGAGACGAGCGAUGCAAGUCGGCGAAUUGGAUAGUGGUGCAUAGAGCUCUAAUGGCUAUAAAAGAUGUCGACGGAAUGUUCUCUUCUUUGGAUCCUGAGUACUAUGAUAUUCUUAUGAAGUACUUGUAUAGAGGAUUGUCAACCGGAGAUCGCCCCACAUGUGAUCAGUGUCUUAGGAUUCAUGAGAAGCUUACAGAGAGAGCUGGUUUGGGAUGCAUACUUCGUUCACUUGCUGACACUGUGAAUGCAGUUUGACUCUAUAUCAGUCCUUUCCUUCUAAAAAUAUUGUAUUCUAGAAAUAUUUGUCAUUUUCCUCUAAUUCUUACACAUAUAUGUCAAAUGCAGAUUUUUUCUUUUCAGGGCUGCAAUUAUAAAUUUUUGUUGAACAGAAAUGUGCGAAAACUUUUUAAGUUAUUGAAACUGUUUAUUGCUU